GAUCUAUGGGGGGGGGGGGUUAAUAUUUCAGAGAUUUAUACCUGGCUAUUAAACCUAGACUUAUAUAGUUAGUGAGCAUUGUUAGUUUAGCCUCACUGAAAAUCAAUAUCUGUUUAAUCAACCAGUUGCAUGCUAUACUCUAAUCAACCAGUUGCUCAGCUAUAUUAUACUAAUCAAACAGUUGCUAUUAGAUGUAAAAAUAAUGAGCUACAGAAUUGCUAGAUCUACUUUGGCAUUGACAAUAAUCAUAAUCACAUUUGCUCCAUCUUGUGAUGCCCAAAUUACAGAUGAGACCUCAUCAAGUGCUGGAAAAAAAUUUGCGGUCGGUUUCCCAACAAGUUUUGGUCAAGGCGCAGACGAGUUGUUCUUAUUUAUCACAAACCCAAAGUCAAGUGUUAAUUUCACAGUCACUCCAAUUAAUAUCAGUGGGAACAUUUCUAACUCUUCAACUAGGGUAAACGUUCCAUCCAGUUUUGAGGUAUUAUCUGUUGAUGAAAGGAACAAGGGAAUCUUUGUUGAAGCUGAUGGAAACAUCAGUGUGUAUGGGCUGUCUUUUCAUUCAGGUAGUGCAGAUGCUUAUUUAGCGUUACCAUGUUCUAUAAUGGCAGUUGAUGAAUAUGAAUAUUAUGGAAUCUCCUAUGACACCAUUAGUAGUGUCUAUCCUAGUGCGAUUUUGCUGGUGGCUUGUGAAAAUGAAACUGUUGUCAAAUUCAUUUCCUCGACAAUAACACUCAAUAGUAUGGAAACAUAUCAGAUUGAAAGCGAUAAUGAUCUCACGGGAACAAGAAUAACUAGCUCCAAACCUUUGUCUGUGUUUAGUGGAUCUGAUUGUAUUUUAGUUCCUCCAGGUAUAGGUGGUUGUGACCACGUGGUUGAACAAGUGCCUCCGACUGUGACAUGGGGCUCAAAAUUCCUCGUGGCAUCUCUCGAGGGUAGAUCUUCUGGUGAACGUAUUCGUGUUCUUAGUGCCCGAGCAGCAAAUGUAGUUGUGAACUGUAACACUGUUGUAUCAGUCAGUCAAUUCCAGUUACAGAGUGGAGGGAGUUUCAGAGAAUUUGAAAUCCCUAUUAACAGUUUCUGUAGCAUUGAAUCCACUUCACCAGUACUGGUCACACAGUAUGCGUAUGGUAGGGAUAGUGAUGGCAUGGGAGACCCAUUCAUGAUGAUGAUCCCUCCAAUUGAGCAGUAUACAAAUAAUUAUUUGGUCAAAGCGUUUCUUCUUUUCGUAUCCAACUAUGUCACGGUGUAUGUUCCUUCUGAGUUCUUUCAAACUGCACAAAUAUUACUAGACAAUUCCAUUGUUACUGGCUGGAGGAAUGUUGUCUGUUCAAGUGGAGAUAUUUGUGGCCAUAUAAGUAGAACAAAUGUGUCUACUGGAGCUCAUUCUAUCCGCCAUCAAAACAGCUCAGCCGUUCUAGGUGUCUCAGUGUAUGGAUUCAAUGCAUUCAAUUCGUAUGGUUACCCUGGAGGCAUGAGAUUAUCUCCCAUACAAUGCAACUGUGGUCAAAAUUCUAUUUGUUUGAAUAACAUGGGACAGUUCAACUGUAGCUGCUUGAAUGGAUUUGUGGCUUCAUUGUCUAGAACUGGUGAAGUCGUCUGUAAUAUCGUGGUUCAGUGUGAAGCUGAACGUGAUUCUGUAUGGGGGCUUGUCUUCCCUGCCACUGUGGCUGGCUUUUCCUAUUCCCAGCAAUGCCCACAAAAUGAAAAUGGAAAAACUUUAGGUACUGCAAAUCGUUUCUGUACACUGAGUGGUGUGUGGGAAGCAGUGAAUAUUGAUAAAUGCACUAGCCUAAGGGAAGUAUUCAUCUCACUUCUUGACAGGGCAAAUGAACUAUUUUCUAGAAAUGCAUCUCAGAGUGAAGUUGAUGACCUUCUUGUUUCUCUUGCGGAGGCUACUAGUGUAAAUGCAACUGGAGACUCCACCAUAUUCCCUCAAGGCCUCAGCAUUACUAAUACGAUCGUCAAGUCAAGUGUGAAUUACCUCGUUCAAAACGUUGAGACUGCUAGCCCCAUGUCUUCUCUCAAUUUUAGUGAAGAAGUUAUGAACGUUCUCAACAAUGUUCUGGAUGAGAGGAAUACAGAAGGAUGGGAAAGAUUACAAGAGGAUUCUGCUGCUGAGAGUCAGCAAUUGCUGUUGAGUGCAGAGUUAUAUGGUCAGUAUGUGUCAUUGGCACUAAGGAGUAAAGCUGUGGAUACAGGAAACGUGACAGAGAUCACACUUGUGAGACAGAACAUCGUACUAGCUGCAAUUGAAGUUGACACCACUAGUUUGGAUGACAUUAUCUUUCCUGAAGUUAUCGAAGUCAGUGAAGAAACAGGCUCAGCCCAAACUGUGAUACCAGCUGCUCAUCUUAUGGAGAGAGGCGCUCUAAAUGGGAAUGUUACAGCAGUCAACAUUCUAUUUUCCAACUUGGAGAAUUUUCUUCCAAAAACCAACUUUGAAAUGAACACGACCAGACCAGUGUCACAGGUUAUUUCUAGUCAAGUCUUCUCCAAUGUAAAGUUAACUAACUCUCAGGCACAGGCAACCUUCAGAUUCACCACCCAAAAGUUCUCUGAAGAUGAAGUUGCUGAAAAUGCAAGAUGUGUAUUUUGGAGUGUUUCUAGUGAUGCGGCCAACAGCACGUGGUCCACGGAAGGUGUGAUUACAGUCAGUGUGGGUGAAGACGAGCAAAUGAGAGUGUAUAAUAUUGUCUGUGAGAGCAGUCAUUUCACAGCAUUUUCUGUUCUAAUGGAUGUCACUGGAGCACUGAAUGACACAACUCCAGAGAUCAGGUUUGCUCUGUCGGUGGUGACUUAUGUUGGUUGUUCCAUCUCCAUCUUCUUUCUUUUUUUGUCUAUCCUCUAUUUCUUGACAUUGAGAAAAGAGCUACUGACCAAGGUUCAUAGCUUUAUCCAUCUCAACCUGUCUAUUUCUUUGCUGCUUGGUUACGUGGUGUUCCUGUCAGGAGUAGAGACUGCUGUGGCCAACAAGGGAGCGUGUGUGUUUGUGGCUGCUCUCCUUCACUACCUGUUCACUACUGUGUUCUUUUGGAUGCUGUGUGAGGGAAUCAUGCUCUAUCUGAUGUUGGUGCUUGUCUUCAACCAAAUAUCCAAGAAAUGGUGGAUAUUCUUUAUUAUUGGAUGGGGUGUUCCAGUGAUACCGGUGGCUAUAUCUGCUGGAAUUAUUCAUGACCAGUAUGGCACAGAAAAGUAUUGUUGGAUUGCUGUUGGUGCUGGUGAUAAAGGAGCGAUAUGGGCAUUUGUUGUACCAAUGCUACUAGUUGUUCUGGUGAAUGUGUUCUUCCUCUUGGCUGCUUUACGCAGUGUCUAUAAUCUGAGAAAGUCAACCGUGCAACAAACUGGGAUAAAGGAAUCUUUACAGUUAUUCUCACAACUCUUCAAGACCACCGUAAUUCUCCUUCCAAUACUCGGGCUGACUUGGGUGUUUGGUCUACUCUCAGUCAACAGCAGCACUAUUGUAUUUGCAUGGUUGUUCUCUAUCUUUAACUCACUGCAAGGCCUGUUUGUAUUCAUCUUCCAUGUGCUCAGGAGUGAAAAGGUCACAAACUUCCUAAAGCAGUGCAGAAAGAGAAUGAAUAGCGUUGUAUUAACUUCUGCCUCAGGAAAAAACGAUCUGAGCAAGAAUCCGACAAGUGGUGUUCAGCUCAAGCCAAGUCACUCAAGAUUCAGCAAACAUAAUCAUAGUACCAUGAAAGAUGAAGCCAUUAAAGUCGAUGAGACUGCUGCAUCUGAAUUCGUCUCAGAGAAGUCGUACAUUGCUGAAUUGCUUGAAAAUGACAAUUAAAUGGCACGAAAAUAAAGAUUUUCACGCUCACAGAAAAGCUUUGAAACACAGCUACUAAUUAACACAGUUUCUUUUUCACAUAGUGCUGCUGAAUUAUAUAGUGCGAAGUUUUAUUUGAAGUCCAUACUAUUUGUUGUCAGUAUACACAUAAUUAAAUUUUAAGACCUAUAAUAUUAUAUCUGUAAUGUUUAGUCACCUUUUUAACACACAUAUAUAGUUUUUAUGAUUGUUCACAAUGGAUUCGAUCCCCAUG